AAAAAACAGCUGUUAUUGCCCACGUCAAAACUUCCAUGUUGGAGGCUAGUUGUAAUAUAAUCCUGCUUGUGUGCUAGAGGCGGCCAUUCUGUUCACCGGCAGUUCAUUGGAAAGACAUACAAUUUGUGUUGUAUUCUAAAAGCUUGCAAGAUGAGAUCAACUGUUCUUGUGCUCCUGGUGGUGCUUGUAGCCUCUGCUCAAGCCGGGUGGUUCUUCAAUAGCAACGAGGGCGAGGAAUCACAUAAGAUUGAGAAGAGGGAUGAUGAUGACAACACCGAUGGCAGUGGAGAAGGUGACGGCGGAAGCGGAGACAGUGACGAAACCCAAGAUCCAGAUGACGAUGAUGAUGAAGAGGAGGAGGAGGAGGAAGAUGACGAGGAGGACGACUACGAAGAUGAUGAGGAAUACCCUGAUGAUGAUGACGAGUAGGGAAACGAGGUCAAAUACGGAACAGCCAAUUGGAUAAGGCGAAAAUGAAGAACGUAAAGAUGGCUGGAAGAGAGAAAAGUAGAUAAACUAAAAUCAUCUGAGGAAAAAAGUAAAAAAAAUAUAUAUACGCUUGUUUAAAAUCUCCGGAUCAGAUUCAGGAGAUAUUGAUUUAAUUUUCUAUCGGCGUGAAUAUUCGGAUAUACUUCCGUAUGUACCAAUGUGUGUGUGUGUGUGUGUGCAUUGAUACAUACAUUCAGGCAUGUGCAUAUGUACAAGUAAAUGUUUUUGCUUAAUAUUCAUAUGUAUCUUCAGCUAAUUAAUAUGACCUGUGAUUGAGAUUUUUUUAAAUUCAAAUUCGACAGACCUUCCAAAUUUGUGUUGAGUUUUUUGAGGAUUUUUGAAGUCUAAUCAAUAAAAGCAUCACUUUAAUUCGAA